CAGGUUGUAAAGUUGCAGUUCCGCAUCCAGGGGCAUGACUGGUCCAUCAAGUGACAACAUUGCCAGCACUAUUUAUUGUAUGCUGGGGAUUACCUAUAAUUACCUAUAGUUUAUUAAAAUUUGCGACGGCGUCUCAGUGUUAGCUGAGGUACCACUUUAGUUCGGACCUUGUUGAGUUGUGCUAAUUAUGAAAACUAAUGACUAAUGACUUUCCAUGUAACCGCUAGGUGUAGCUUUACGUCAUUUUAGAAGUUUACGGCGCCGAUGGCUUGCUUUGAUAGCAAUAAGGGGAGUUUGGAGGAGGACAGCUAUGAAGGAGCUGUUGGUGGAGAGCUGUCCGGCUGUGCGUUGGCAAUGCUGGGAAAGGAACGGGAAUCCCUUCUCAGCCCUUCAGAGAGCCCUGGCACCUUCAUCAGCAGCUCUUCCACUAGUCUUCAGGCUGCUGCCCCCGUCCAGGGCUAUGACGUGGAGUUUGACCCACCCCUAGAGAGUAAAUAUGAGUGCCCUAUCUGCCUCAUGGCUUUGAGGAAUGCCAUUCAAACACCCUGUGGUCACCGUUUCUGCAAGAACUGCAUUGAGAAGUCCAUCCGUGAUACGGGGCAGAGGUGUCCUGUGGACAAUGAAAUGCUCUCAGAAGACCAGCUGUUUCCUGAUAACUUUGCCAAACGGGAGAUUCUAUCACUAACUGUUCGCUGUCCAAACUCUGGCUGUGCUGAGAAAAUGGAGCUCCGACAUUUAGAGAAUCAUUUGGCACACUGUCAGUUUGCCACUGUGCCUUGCCUACAAUGCCAACAGUCUGUGAGAAAGACCCACCUAGAGGAGCACACAACUGUUGAGUGCCAAAGGAGACCUGUGUCGUGUCCGGAUUGUGUGGCAUUCUUUGUUUAUGAGGAGAAAGAGCUUCACGAACAGCAGUGUCCCUUUGCAAAUGUGAAGUGCCAGUACUGUGAGAUGGAUUUCAUCAGAGACCAGAUGGAAUCUCAUUAUGAUACAGAUUGCCCAAAAGCACCCAUCGCCUGUAACUUCAGCACCUUUGGAUGCAAGGAAAGGAUGCAGCGGCACAACCUGGCUCAGCACAUGCAGGAGUUCACACAAAUGCAUAUGCGCUACAUGGCUGAGUUCUUGCGUAGCCUUAGCCUCAAUGGCACCACACCCAAAUCUCUGUGGACGCUAGGACCUUCUGUUUCCUCUGAGGAUCAUGGAGCUGCAGCAUCAGUAUCAGCCUGUAGUGGUCCCAGAGGAGCUGCAAGCUGCAGCAGCAACUGUGCCCCAUGUCAGCCUACCGAGGAGAUGCAGAGGCUCAGGGAGAUGGAUGGACGAUUGGUAAAGCAGGAUCACCAGCUGCGUGAGCUCAUCAUCUUAAAAGAAACACAGGCUGGCCAGCUUGCAGAGCUCAGGCGUAGAGUGUCGAUGCUGGAGGAGACAGUGAAGGAGCUGGAGGCCCAGCAGUGUCACGGUAUCUUCAUCUGGCGCCUCAAAGCUUUCUCUGUCCACCUGCGGAACCAAGAAGCAGGCCUGCCAGUGGUUGAGCACAGCCCCGGCUUCUACACAGGCCGUCCAGGCUACAAGCUAUGCCUGCGCCUCCACCUGCAGACCCCCAAUGCCCCGCGUUGCUCCAACUAUAUCUCCCUCUUUGUCCAUACCAUGCAAGGAAGUUUUGAUGGGCAGCUGACCUGGCCGUUCCAGGGCACCAUCCGCCUUGCCAUCCUAGACCAGGGCCCUGAGGGUCAGCACCACAUGGAGGUGAUGGAGACUAAACCAGACCUGCAAGCCUUCCAGAAGCCCACCAUCCAGCGCAACCCCAAAGGAUUCGGCUACGUCACCUUUCUGCACCUGCAUCAGCUAAGUCAGAGAGCCUUUGUUAAAGAUGAUGCUCUGCUUAUCCGCUGUGAGGUGACACCACGUUUUGACAAUAUGCUUCACCGUGAGGGACCAUCAGUGCAGCCUAGAGGACCUGAGUCCUCAGUUUCGAGGGACUAAAGUCAAACUCAUAUUUAUAGCAUCAUCACCAUGCUGAGAUGUCAGCACAGAACAUCUCUUAGUGUUUAAAUACUGCUCAAGUUAUUCAAUUGAUGGACAUCAGGAGGAGGAAAAUUAAUUUUCACACCCAUUUAAAAUUUGGCCACCACAAGUAUGCUAGUAUUUAUUUGUUUACCAACUUUUAAAUGUCAAUGUGACUUUUGUUUUAAUACAUAUAUACAGUAGAAAUUAAUUUUGAAAUGUAUCUACUCACCCACAUGGUACCAAAAUUCAGACAGCCUCAUAAGUUCAAAUAGUGUAAAUAGUCAAUAAUGUUUAAUCGGCUUAAACAUCACCAGUUUAAGAUGUGCACUUGCUGCAAACAGACUGAAUAUUACUACAAGACUUUGUUCUCUUGUUCUGGUUGUUGGAGACAGCACUGAAUGCUAAAGAUACCCUGUGGAGUUUUUGACGAAUAGUAGCGCUAUGGAGCAAAGUUUUAACAAGCAGAUCCCCAUCGUAUUUUUUUACCUCAGCUUCGACUAGCACACUCACAAGGAUCCACAUGUAUGCACCUGGGCGUGUGAGUGACGUGAUACACAUUCUCAACGACUGGAGAGGGUGGUAACAAAAAUGAGUAGUGCAUUCAAGCCAUAAAAAAUUAAGAAAAACAGUAUAUUAUUUUCUUGCCCUUCAUGUGUGGAGAGAAUCAGCAUGAUGAGUUUGUUUUUUUUAUUGGAAUGAAUGGGAACCUAUCUUGGAACACAGUAUCCAAUUUUCUUAAUAUAUCUAUGGGUGAGGAAGAGUGUUAUGUCAACUGGAGAAGGUGAAGCAUGGACAUGGCCAGAAUCCAGUCUGGCCAUGUCCAUCAAACAAAACAAGGGAUAUAUGACAUCCCUUGGCUUUAUGGUGUUACACUGGAUAUUUGGUGGUGGUAACAUGGCAAGCAAGUUAGCAAUGUUCCAGCAAAAGGUGAAGAAGAAGACUACUGGUUCGUGUAUGCAUGAAUAUUUGGACACAAUGCAAGUUUCAAAAUAUUCAAAAGUCUGGUUUGCAAAUGUUUUAUGAGGCAGGAAAUGCAUUCAACACAUUUGUUGGAUGUCAAGGAUACAUACAGUGUAUUUUGAUGAGAAACACUGACUAUAAACAUAACUGUGUUUACACCAAAACUCCACAGUGUACCUUUUUAAGUAAGGUCAUUAUAAGGAACAGGAAUACCAAACUCACAUUCAUGUGCUCCCCAAAUUCAGCAUUUUAUGCUUCACUACUUUUGAAUGUACUGUUCUUAGGCCAUCUCUGUGACAUAAUUAGCAUAAAAUGACAACACCCUUUUCAACAUGGAGGAUUUUCUGUUUACCCGGUUUUCAGCACUGUAGAUUUUUGCAUAAUGCAUUACAUCUUUUUAGAUUUGUCACUAAGUUGCUAAUUUUGCUUUUGGCAGAGUUUAUGGUGCCUUUCACACAAGUUCCUACGUAAUGUGACCUAGAAAAAUAUUUCAAAAGUUGACAGAAAUCCAACAUCAUGGGUCAGUGUCUUUACUUUAAAACAACAUUCUGCCUGUUAAGCCUUUACAUUAUGUAAUUAAUAUAUUGUAUUUUUUGUUUUAGUCUUCUCAGUUCUCCAUCUGAAACAUUGAAUUGUUAUGAUGCCAUUCAAAGUGAUUUGACUAUGUAAACAAUGAUUACUGUUAAUGUUUAUAAUUGGAUGGGUUGUUGUUUGCCAUGAAUUUUACCAUAUGAUCCUAUACUGAUGAAAAUAGUCUAAAUUAAAGUUAAGCUUACUUAAACUCGCA